AGUGGGAUUCCGCGUCGACGCAGACCGCACCAAAUUAAUAUUUGUUACGUCUGCGCGAUGCGCAAUCGAGAUGACAUUCCUGCUACUGAUUCUUAUGUUCUGUUAGCAGUGCGACCGAUAAAACGAUUUUAAUUAAAAAUUAUGGUCUUGUUUAGUAAUGUUCGUCUCGCAUCAUAAGCCGAUAACAUAAGCCAAACAGUUUGUGUUCCAAACUGUGUGUGUACCGUUAUCUCCUGCGGACUAUAUCAGAUUACUACUAAACGAGUGGUAUUCGUGUGGUGACGGACCGUAAUAAAACACCGGCGUGUAGCAUGAGUGUUUACAAGUUAAACGUAUUCACGUGUCGCGCAGUGUGGAAGUGCAAGGCGUUCUCCUCUCGAAAUAUGCAUCUCCUGCAAGACAAGGCGUUUGUAAAUGGCCGCUGGAUUGCCGCGGCCAGUAAUAAUACAUUCCAAGUAACAAAUCCGGCUGACGGUUGUGUGAUUGGCGUUGUCCCGGAUAUGAAUACCGCUGAUGUUCAGCAAGCUAUCGGUGCAGCUAAGUCCGCCUUCGACAGCUGGCAGAACACAACUGCCAAGGAACGUGGAAAAAUCCUGCGGAAGUGGUUUGAUCUCAUGGAACAAAAUGGUGAUGAACUUGCAAAGAUUAUGACCGCGGAGAGUGGGAAGCCUAUAACUGAAUCGAAAGGAGAAGUGGUAUAUGGAAAUAGUUUUAUUGACUUGUAUGCCGAGGAAGCGAGACGGAUUAAUGGGGAGAUUAUACAAUCUCCGAUGCCCAGUAAGAAGAUUUUGAUUGAGAGGCAACCAAUUGGAGUGGCUGCUUUGAUCACUCCCUGGAAUUUUCCGCAUGCUAUGAUUACAAGAAAGGCUGGGGCUGCCCUAGCGGCUGGUUGUACUGUUGUGGUGAAACCUGCAGAGGAUACACCGCUAACAGCUUUAGCAUUAGCAAAGUUAGCUGAGGAAGCAGGUGUUCCCCAAGGGGUUUUCAAUGUGAUCACUUGCGAUCGUCAAAAUGCUUCAGAUGUAGGAAAUCUUCUCUGCACAAGUGAUGAUGUUGCAGGUGUCUCUUUUACUGGGUCUACCGCCGUGGGUAAAAUUCUUUACAAGCAAUGUGCGCAAGGUAUCAAACGCCUUGGUUUAGAGCUCGGUGGAAAUGCUCCAUUGGUGGUUUUCGACUCAGCUAAUCUUGCUGUGGCUGUAAACGGCACUAUGGCUUCCAAAUUCCGUAACUGUGGUCAGACUUGUGUAUCAGCAAACCGUCUACUUAUCCAAUCGAAAAUCUACGACACCUAUGUAGAUGAAUUAUCCAAAGCAAUUAAAGGACUCAAACAAGGACGUGGUGACGAGGCUGGAGUCACCGCUGGGCCCCUCAUCAACAAAGCUCAGUUUGAUAAAGUCAGUGCCCUCGUCAAGGACGCGUUGGACAAAGGCGCCAAAGCAGUAGUAGGUGGCAAACCCGCACCGCAAUUGGGAGAUUUGUUCUACGAACCCACAAUGUUAGUGAACGUGACUUCUGACAUGCGGGUAUAUAACGAAGAAGUGUUUGGACCUAUUGCUACCGUCCUAAAAUUCGAAACUGAAGAAGAAGGUAUCAAAAUUGCUAAUUCAACCAACAGUGGAUUAGCUGGAUACUUUUUCUCUGAAGAUGUCAAUCAGAUUUUCCGAGUUGCAAGGAAGAUGGAAGUUGGUAUGGUUGGCGUUAAUGAAGGGCUAAUUUCUUGUGCUGAAGCAGCAUUUGGUGGAAUCAAGGAAUCUGGGCUGGGACGCGAAGGAUCCCAUCACGGGAUUGAAGAAUAUACAUACUAUAAAUAUGUUUGCGUUGGUAAUUUGAACUGAAGAGGGAAAAAAUAAAUACAGUAAUAUAAUUUUUAUAUAUUACAAAUAAGACAUUAUUAAAUGAAGCAUAGAAGAGGUUAAGAUGUCUUCCAUAUACAUGAUAGAUUUAAUGGAAACAAAUAUUAUAAAAUUAUAAGAUUCUCAAGUCUUCCAAAACAGGUGAUAAUUAUAAAAAAAAAUACAUCAAUGUACAACUAAUAAAUAAGUACUACCAAAA